AGAUAAAUUUUAGUGGCCCCAUAAUGAUCCAUGAUAAUAUCUUCUUUCACAUACUUUGGACGGACGGACUAUCACAUUCACUCCACUGCUUGCCCCUGCUUCAACUGACAGCGAGAGGAAGCGCGAGAGAGGAGAUGCUGCACAAAUUGUGCCCUGCGAUCGCCGGGCGGUCCCGGCGGCACCAGAAGGAGUCAGCGCCUCCGCCGGUGAAGGUGAACGCGACGGUGGUUCUGGUGAAAAAGAACGUGUUGGGCUUCAACGACUUCAGCGCAUCGCUUCUCGACAACGUGGGCGAGUUCCUCGGCAACCGCGUCCGCUUCCACCUCGUCAGCUCCACCGCCGGUGAACCGAUCAAAUGGAAGCGACAAAUUAAGCUGAUGACGGCGGAAGCAGAUAAAUCGAAUCGAGGAAGAAUCGGUCCGCCGGCGUACUUGGAGCACUGGGGGACGCUGCUGCUUAAGUCGGUGACGGCCGGUGAAUCAAAGUUCAACUUGCAGUUCGAGUGGGACGAAAGCCUCGGGAUCCCCGGCGCCGUCAUCGUGAAGAACCACCACCAUUCGGAGUUCUUCCUCAAGUCCGUCACCUUGCCGGAGGGCGUCCCCGGCCACGGAAAACGUAUCCAUUUCGUCUGCAACUCUUGGGUUUAUCCGGUGAAAAAGUAUAAGUACGAUCGAAUCUUCUUCUCCAACGACGCGUAUCUGCCGAGCCAAACGCCGGAGUUGCUGAAGGCGUACAGAGCCGAAGAGCUCGUCCAUCUCCGGGGAGACGAUGUCAGCGGCGCACUGAAGGAGCACGACCGGGUUUACGCCUACGCCUACUACAACGACCUCGGCCAGCCGGACAAAGGCCGAGACCACGUCCGCCCCGUACUCGGCGGCUCCAAAGACUUACCUUACCCUCGCCGGGGCCGCACCGGUCGCCGUCCGACCAAGUCCGGUGAGUUAUCUAGAGCUAACAAUUCAUUCCAAUUUUCAUAUUUUAGUAAAGAUUUGAAUUCCUUUAAUGAAAUAACAGAUCGGCGAACGGAGAGCCGGCUCCCGCUGCUAAGCCUGGACAUCUAUGUGCCUCGGGACGAGCGGUUCGGCCACCUGAAGAUGGCCGACUUCCUGGGUUACACGCUCAAGGCGCUGACGCAGUCGCUGCUCCCGGCGCUGAACGCGGUGUUCGACUUUACCCCCAUGGAGUUCGACACAUUUCAAGACGUGCUCAACCUCUACGACGGCGGUCUGCGGCUGCCGCAGCUCGACGAUACUCGCGACCAGGUCCCCGUUGAGAUGCUCCGGGAGCUCGUUCGCACCGACGGCGAUAGCGUCCUCAAGCUUCCUCUUCCAUCCGUCAUCCAACAUGACAGGGAAGCUUGGAGGAGCGACGAGGAGUUCGGAAGAGAGAUGCUGGCCGGAGUGAAUCCUGUCAUCAUCAGGCGUCUCCAGGAGUUUCCUCCGACCAGUAAGCUUGAUCCAAAAUUGUACGGCGAUCACACCAGCUCGAUCACGGCAGCUCACAUUGAGAGGAACCUUGAAGGCAGAACGGUGGAUGAGGCGUUGAAGGCGAACAAGCUGUUCAUUUUGGAUCACCAUGGUGCGCUGAUUCCCUUCUUGAACCGGAUCAACUCCGGCGCCAACAGGAUCUACGCCACCAGGACUCUGCUGCUGCUCAAGGACGACGGCAAGCUGAAGCCGCUGGCGAUCGAGCUGAGCUUGCCACACCCCGAUGGCGAGCAACACGGUGCGGUCAACCGCGUGUUUACCCCGGCCGAGGUCGGCGUCCAGGGCUCGAUUUGGAGUCUAGCCAAGGCUUAUGCCGCCGUCAAUGACUCCGGCUACCACCAACUCAUCAGCCACUGGCUGAACACGCACGCCGUGAUGGAACCAUUUGUGAUCGCCACCAACCGGCAGCUCAGCGUCGUGCACCCGGUGCACAAGCUUCUCAGCCCGCACUACCGCGACACGAUGAACAUUAACGCGUUUGCUCGACAGACACUCAUCAAUGCCGGCGGCAUCCUGGAGGCCACCGUCUUCCCCGGAAAGUACGCCCUGGAAUUGUCCGCCGUCGUCUACAAGGGCUGGAAGCUAACAGAGCAAGCCCUGCCCGAUGACCUCCUCAAGAGAGGAGUGGCGGUGGAGGAUCCGGCGAGCCCGCACAAGGUCCGGCUUCUCAUCGAGGACUACCCGUACGCCGUCGACGGCCUGGAGAUAUGGUCGGCGAUCCAGACGUGGGUGACCGAAUACUGCGCCAUCUACUACCCCGACGACGCGUUGGUCGGAGGCGACGUGGAGCUGCAGGCGUGGUGGAAGGAGGUGCGCGAGGACGGACACGGCGACAAGAAGGACGAGCCAUGGUGGCCCAAAUUGGAGACCGUCGCCGAGUUGACCAAGACCUGCACCACCAUCAUCUGGGUGGCCUCCGCCCUCCACGCCGCCGUCAACUUCGGGCAGUUCCCUUACGCCGGCUACCUCCCAAACCGGCCCACCAUAAGCCGGCGGUGGAUGCCCGAGCCAGGCACACCGGACUACGAGGAGCUGGAGAAGAACCCUGACCUGUUCUUCCUCAAGACCAUCACGAGCCAGCUGCAAACCAUCCUCGGUGUUUCUCUGAUCGAGGUCCUGUCGCGACACUCGUCGGACGAGGUGUACCUCGGCCAGCGGGACACGCCGGAGUGGACCUCCGACGAGAUGGCGCUGGAGGCGUUCGAUCGCUUCGGCCAGACGCUGAUAGAGAUCGAGAACCGGAUCAUGAGUAUGAACCGGGACCCAAAGUUUAAGAACCGGACCGGGCCUGUGAAGAUGCCUUACAUGUUGCUCUACCCUAACACGUCCGACCUCGAUCGGGUCGGCGGGCUCACCGGUCGUGGGAUCCCCAACAGCGUGUCGAUUUGAGUUGUUCGGAUUUAAUCUACAAACUAUUCUCUUAAAAUAAUGUUUAGUAUCGGCAUUAUCAGAAUAAAGUUUAAUGAGAUCUCAAUGUCA